GAUCCUCAGUGGAAUAUUCUUAUGCAAUUAGGGUUCCUUCGGACAUAUAAAACUGCCGCACUUCUCAUUACCCUUCUCCGUAGCUGUAUAUUGAUACGCAGUCUCAAUCUCCAGUCUAAGCCGAAACGAAAAGCACCACAAAAGAGAUGGAGCAAACUUUCAUCAUGAUCAAGCCUGAUGGCGUCCAGAGAGGCCUUGUUGGUGAGAUCAUCGGCAGAUUUGAGAAGAAGGGCUUCUCCCUCAAGGGUUUGAAGCUGAUAACUGUGGAGCGUACUUUUGCUGAGCAGCACUAUGCAGACCUCUCUGCAAAGCCAUUCUUCAAUGGACUUGUUGAAUACAUUAUUUCUGGCCCUGUUGUUGCUAUGGUUUGGGAGGGUAAAAAUGUAGUAACCACUGGCCGCAAGAUUAUUGGAGCCACCAACCCUGGUGACUCUGCUCCUGGAACCAUCCGUGGUGACUAUGCAAUUGACAUUGGAAGAAAUGUUAUUCAUGGAAGUGACUCGGUUGAGAGUGCAAGGAAAGAAAUUGCACUUUGGUUCCCUGAAGGUCCUGUUAGCUGGGCAAGCAGCCUUCACCCCUGGAUCUACGAGUAGAUUUUGAGCGUUUCAGCUCUUGUUUCCUUCCCGUCAUUGUCUCUGUCUAACGUUUCAUGUUUGCUCAUCAUUUGUGAAAUGGUGAGUUGGGGCUUUUACAUUGUUAUGAACUAGCUAGUACUGCUUUUGUGGAGAUGCACUUGUUAAAUUAUCAUAAUGCAUUGACUCUAGUUUUUUA